GCCGCGUGCUCUCGGGCUGCUCUUGCCGCAGCCCUCGGCCCUCUCCAGCUACAUAUCACUCGAGAGACCCAGUCGCCCCAUGUAAUUGCCUUGUAGAAUCCUAUAUAUCGUCUUUUUCUCUGUCAGAACACCAGCACAAGCCUCUCACUCCUCACCUGGUGCGCCGUCCUCUCAAGUGCUUCCAUCCCAGGUCAAACCCACUUCAGUCUCAGUGACCCUCAAGAUGCGUUUCACCAAUACGCUCACAACUCUUGCCUCCCUGGCCGUCGGUGCCAGAGCCGCCGAGGUCCAUGGUGCAAAUUCACAGGGUACCACCAUGGGCCCUGUUGCUUUCCUGUGGCCAGGCGAUAGACCAUGGAGCGCCUCGCACGACAACACCGGCCCAUGUGGCUCCUCCAGCGGCGUCACAAACAGGACCCAGUUCCCUCUGACCCAGGGGCAGGUAGCCCUGUCGAUCGCCGACGAUGCUUACAAGGUGGCCUUCUACAUCGCCUUUGACGACGAGCCCACCGCCCAGAGCGAGUUCUCGGAGCAGAUCGUCCAGAACAUCACCGAGGUCGAGCCGGGCCACCAGUGCUACAAGAUCGCCCCGCUGCCCAGCUCCGCCACCGCGGGCACCAACGCGACCAUCCAGCUCGCGUACUGGGCCGACGACGGCGAGGGCGGGGACGGCGGCAGGAACCAGACCUUCUUUGCCUGCGCUGAUAUCACCCUCGUCGAGGCGGCAGACUUCUCAGCACAGGUCCCCUGCUUCAACGUGACGUCCGCCGACUUCGACUCGGGCGACGCCGCGGCCGCCGAGACGUCCUCCUCCUCGUCGUCUGGGGGCCUCGGCAAGGGCGCCAUCGCCGGCAUCGCCGUGGGCACCAUCCUCGGGUCCCUGGCUGUCGUCGGCGCGUUCGCGUUCGUGCUGCUCAGGAGGAGGAGGAGGUCGUCUGCCGCCGCCGCCGCGGCGUCUGACAUGCCGGCGCAGAUGAAGCUGAGGGAUGGGGAUAUUGCUAGCGUGUCUACUGGACGCUAACCAUGUGAGUUUCGGUGAUGUGCUGUGGGGCAGAUUAAGGGCUUGGGCACUGAAAGGGCUGGAGGGGACCAGUCUGGGGUCAUUUCGGGGUUGUAGGAAGCCCAUGGCCGGCAGGGGGUCUUUGAUAUCUAUGAUGAGGAACUGUGAUACCUCGGUUGAUGGAGUAACUUUUAGUCGUUGGCCUUGGUCAUGAUGAUAUGAGAUGAAACGCUUGUCCGUAUGUUCUAUUUGAAUCUACUCCAAGUUAUCCAA